CGUCAUAUGGGUGGGCUCAAUGUUUUAAUUUCUUUCGAUUCUCUUGAAACGUUGAACGAAUUUCUCAAAGACGAAUCGAAGGUGUUAGCAAAGUGGUUCUCUUCUGUUCAUGCAUGGGAUAAUCAAAAGAUCCCUCCUUCAAGGUGUGUAUGGAUCUCUUGUUAUGGUGUUCCUCUUAAUGCUUGGUGCUCUUCUACCUUUAUUGAAAUUGGAAAGCUAUGGGGUGAUGUGAUUAAGCUUGAUGAGCUAACGGAGAAAUUCAUUGCUUUCGAUAAAGGGCGUAUGUUUAUCAUAACGGAUUAUCUUGAUUGCAUUAAUGAGGUUGUGCAUAUUAAGAUCAAUGGUGUGAUCUUCCCGGUCAAAGUCAUUGAAGAUCCCAUGGCAGAAACUUCUUGGGAAAAGCGUGUGUUUACUUCGAUUAAGAUCAAGAAGGGGAAAGAUAAAGAGGAGAAAGAGAUCGUAGUUGAGACAGAUCCGGGGGAUGAUGAAUCGCUCGACUUCGAUGUAGACAAAGCUGAGUUGGAAAAUGAAAUGGAAAUUGUGGAGGAGAUGGCAGAAACAAAUAUGGAAGCUGAAAAGGCUAUUGGGACAGAAGAGAGUGCCUUACAACUUAUUAAUGUAAACAUGCAAGGAUGUAUUGAUAAGGCAGCUAAUUCUUCUUCGAGGGUUGAGACAUCAGCUUGGGGAAGUGGAAGGGUCAUGGAUAGUAUGCGAGAGAUGGCAGCAAAUAACACAACUCUCAAUAUUAAUUUGGACCCUCUAACUUUUGUAAGGCUGAAUAAGUGCAUUCAGAUUCCAAGAGCAAGCCUUAGUAAUUUGGCUGAUAAUCAAGACAGUUGGGUGAAGGAUUCAGUUAAGGAAAAUCCAGUAUUUGCUGAAGUUUUAAGAGGGGAAAAUGAUGAUGAUGAAAAUAUUCCUGAACAACAUAUUGAAGCAUGCCGAACUGAAAAUGAUCCUUUUUCUGCUCCAAUCAAAGCUGCCAUUAAUGGAGUAAAAGGAAAGAAGAAGAGGAAGACAAUUGAUGAUAUUUUGGGAUUUACAAGGGGCAACUCCUUCAAUAACAAGAGUAGGAAUAACAAACCAAAGUGUGCGGUUUAUAGAUCUGCCGUUGCAGCUCUAGCUCUCUCUGCAUCUAUCUCUUCAGAUGGAGUUAUUAACAGAAAUAGAAUAAUUUUGGACGAAGCUCAAGCAAUUUGGACCUGCAAUAAGAUCAUGGGGUUGGGGUACGAUGGUGAGGAGGAUGAAGUCAUAAGCAAAUUUGCAAAUUUGGUAGCUGAAGACCUGGACAGAGCUGACAUAGUGACAGGACAGGCCUAGUCUUCUAAUUCAUUAAGUUUUUGGUAGUUGCCGCCUUUGAAGCUGCAGGUUGGUUUUCUUUAGCUUGCUUUUCGAGUUGGGGCUUGGUGGGGGUGUUUUUGUUUGUGGGUGUUUGGGGUGUAUUCCUGUGGUUUUGAUGCUGUUUCGUUGGGUCCUUUUGGGGGUGGCCCCGUUGGGCGUUGUUUGGAUUGAUUUCUUAUCAAUCUUUAGAGCUUGAUUA